UUCACCAAGCUUUCUUUGCCCUCUGCUUCCUUAUUUAUUUUGGCUAGCAAAAUUUCUGCAAGUUCACUUUUGUUUAAGCUUUUUGUGGAAGUCGAAAGAAGUGGUUCAUCUUCUUUCACGAACUCGGCAAGGCUUAAACAGAGAGUUUUUUUUUGAAAACAACAGCUUAAUUAAUAUAAAAUACUAUGAUAGCUCGCACCCAAUCACUGCUUUCGUAAAGCGGAUCGAAUGGGCUGCAACAGACGGCUGUUCCUCAGCAGUAGAAAACACCACCGCCAAAAAAGACUUGAACAACAUGAAACUUACCGUUCAAAACGAUAAUACAAUUCAGUUGGUUCCUACAGGAGAACCAUUUGCACUUUUUCAAUACGAAGGUUUUCAUUCGCUCCCACCCUCUAGCAACCCAACCAUCGAAUCGUAUUACUCUAACGAAAGACGAGGCCAGUAUAAAUUAGUAAAGCAGAUAGUCUUGCAGGGACAAGACGCGCCACAUACCACUUUUUAUCACUACGAUAGCAAGUACAGCCGUCAUUAUCCGGCAGCUGGAUUUAUGUAUAAGGGCAUUGUUGAGUCCAUUGACACGGCUAAUGAAAAGGAUCUCAUCGCUUCGCUGACAUACGGAAGGAAGUCUGGCAACGUUAUUGAAGCCACUUUAAAGCGUGAAAACUUAUUGAAACCCCUUAAAGGCUUACAGGAGAUCGAGGCCCGCUAUCAGUACCAGGAUACGGAAAUCGAGUCUCCAAUGAUUGCUGUGAGUUAUUACCACGUGAUGAAGGGCUGGCAGCUUCAUAUCGUGUAUGCUGGUGGAGUUUGCGGGGAAGACAUGCCGCAUAUUUCUUAUGUCGACUACAUUGAUAAACGGGGCGUCAAGUCACGCACUCACUUUUUAUACACGCAUCCCUUGCAUCCAACUAUGCAGACAAUGCUGCUCUCUACCGGCAAUAUCAUGCACAGAAAAAUAAAAAUUGCCACACCUGAAAUUGUUAAAAGCGACCCCUUUAAACUGAUUGAGUCGGUGCCACGACGUUCUAUACAUCAUGAUGAUUUGCUCUUGACAUUCAAAAUGACAAGCAGAAAGCAUGGCGGAUUUAUCAAUCAAAAAUGGAUACAGUUCUACUCGCGACCGGCCACAACUCAGAGGAAACGGGUCGACUUGUGGACUCUCUGGCGUUCCGGCUACAUAGAAGGGGUUCAUGCUAUGGAUAUAGACGAAUUAUUUUUGAGAGAAGAGCCUAUUCUUAAAGAUUAUUGGCUAGCUAGAGACAGAGGCCGCAAGAGGGAAGCGAAGUUGAUAAUUAGCAGCAAGUUUGUGCAAAUAAGCAAUUUGGUUGUCCAGGACACACCCAAUACGAGGACUCAUCUUCAAAUGAAAGUGUCUGACUUGGUGGAAUUGGGCUGCGGAGGAGAUGCCAGCCAGAUCAUGACGGAUGAUCGCGCCACCGAACUUAACAGCGAAAUCCUUCAGAUACUAAGCGUAGACUCGGGUACUUGGCCAACUGGGGGCGGCGGGGUCGGCUCCUGCCGUAGAGACCUGAUUGACAACCUUUCUAGGGCGAGGUGGACAGCCAUGGCGGAAAUUGGCACAGAUAGCGAAAUGGUGCAAAAGGGCUACCAAGCCGAGCGCUACGUUAACGCUAUACACUACAUUCCCCUUUGGGGACUAGAUCUGGGCACACCAAAUCAACAUGUGCUUUCAGGCAUCCCUUACGGCGUAUUAGAUCUCAAGCGACAGAGAACCACUGACCUUGUAGUCCAUAGGCACUUUCUUCCCCUUCUUAAAGAAUUUAUUAAAGGCUGUUGUGCAGUGCGCUUCAAAAAAUACGAGAUUACGCGAUACGGAGAAAUGUUUGUGAAGAUGCACUUAUAUUUUCAAGAAUUCGACUGGCUGUCAUCAUGGAACCAUGAAGCAACCCGCAUUACUUGGUACAAAACCUGGUUUAAUAUCCUAAACUCUUCCUGGGCCUCUCAAAACUUGGAAGUGAGACUACUGCAGUCAGAAAUGCCCACCUUGGAGGAUUUGGAUUCACUUUAUGAACUUUUGACUAGACUGCUUUUUCCCCUGGCAGCAUACCUCCCCAGACUUUCCGUUACGCAUGCAAGCCACCAUGGAAUUCAAGCCAUCCUUGGCGUUAUUUCCAAGGUCUUGUACGGAUCUUCAUUAAUUGUGUGGGACCACGGAAUCUUAUGGAGGGAAAGACUCCUAGCAUUAUCUACACUCGACCCUUCUAUUAUGUCAAAGUUUGUACAAUUUGGCUUUGUAGGACUAACUAGAUUGGUCUGUGCUCUUGUUUAUGGUCACGCUAAUUGUGUUUGCCCGUGUACGUCCAUUCAAAACGUGCAGUGGGAGUGUUGGCUAGGAGGACGAAAAUUCCAAGACAACGGGGCCUAUACGAGAAUCCGCCGAAACAUCUCUCCCAUACUGAACGGGAUGGACGUAAACAGGUUUCGAGUGAACAAAGCUAGAGAGGCCAAACUUCCAACGUCUGUAAUGCUUUCGCAUGUCAACCGCAUUAAAGACGUCAUGAACGCUAUAGAGGCUGCAGCUAUUAUAAUUCACGGCUAUGGUCUAAAGGAAUACAGGCUGCUAAUCUACGGAAGCAAAGAAUCUGACCCUAUUUACGCCAACUCGUGCGCCAAUGCCAUCGUUGCUCUCAAUCUCACAGAGCAUGUGUUUUUAUGCGGCUUGGCCAACCCGAGCGUUGCCCUUCCCGAGGGAUGGCUGUUUAUAAACAGCAGUAUUUCGGAAGGAUUACCGCUUGCCAUUGGGGAGGCAGGGUUGUGUGGCUUGCCUGUGGUGUGCACGGACGUGGGCGGUUCGCGGGAAGUAUUUUCUGAUGCACCGCCGGGGGAGCCCAUCGAUCCUACGCUAACUUACGGCCGUCUUGUACCUCCGCGCUCGCCCUCAGAUCUGGCAGUCGCCCAAUUGGAAAUUAUGACAAUGACUAACGGCAUGGAAAAAAUUGUAGAUAAAAACUGUAACAAUGUCGUUUCCCUUGAGAAACUUAAGCAAGAUCCAGACGCCAUGUUGAGAAGAAUGAUGGAUCCUCUUAUCAAAGCGAAGCGGCGGCACUUAGGCUUAAUGUUAAGGUCCAGGGUUUACAGAGUGUUCCCCAUCUCCCGUUAUUUGCGGCAGCACGAGCAGCUACUGUGGAUUGCUGCUUUGCAGUGCGAUGACUGGGAGCUUUCGCAGAUGGUCCAUCACUACGUGUAUCCUCGCAAGAGACAAUUUAAAUCCGCAGCCAAGAAGCGAUUCCGAAAUGAGGAGGAAGACAACAGCGAUAAUGGGUCUAAGGUUUCCAGAAGAAGGCAAGCGAGCGGAGAGCACGCGACUUUGAACACGUGCAAAACGACGGGCGAGGAAGCCAUUAAAGAAGCAACGUAUGUCGCCAUUGAAACAUUGGCAGAACUUAUUAAGUCGAAGGAAGAUCUAAUUCUUCUGGAAAAGACAACCAAAAAGGCGAAGGAAAAGUGCCCUAAAGGAAGCACGUGCGACCCAUGGCAUGCAUACGAGGACCUUGAAAAAGCGACACAGAGCCUGCCCACUGGCAUGGAAAACUCGCUAAAGCGGGAAAGCGAGGACAGCGGAGAAUCUACUCACAGCGAAUCUUUACUUUAUAAGAGCCGCCAUGGAGGACACCUGUAAACAAUUAUUAAAUUCAAUUAAAACAACAAAGUCGUUUCCA